UUGCUUCAGGUCUCGUCUCAGCUCGCUGUUGCUGCCGCUGCUGGCGGUGGUUGUUCUUGUUCUACUGCAAACCGAGAAGGAAAAUUCCCCAAUGAGCUUCACGCCGUCAUGCCAUUGCCACUCAAAGCUUCUUCUCUCUCCUCCUACCCACCUCCCUCGCAACGCCCGCUCCUCCAUGAAAGCGAAACGCGACCUCCUCUCGCCCUCCGUGGACCGCCGUCCACGCUUUCCCCUCCGUAGGCAGUGGCGACGAGAGCUCCCUUUCGGAACCAGCGCAAUUGCCGAUCAAUACGGCUCUGCUCUCACCGACGCUGCUCCGCUGAAGGGCGACAUAUCGGUGUUCCUCCAAACGGGUGCGGUGAUGCUGUUAGCGUACUUCAUAGCAAACUUCGUCGUCCCCAACUUGAUAUCGAAGUACAUGGGGUUCGACAAGAUAAACGAAGGCGAGGAUUCUGAGGACGAUGAUAAAAGCAGAUCCUCGGAGGGAGGAGAAGAAGAGAGAGAUAGAGGAACUCAAGCGAAUUCGAGGAUGACGAAGAAACGGGGUUUCAACAGCACCCGACGCUGACAUUUACAUUUGGUCGGCUUCGUGUUCGCAUUUUCAUCGUCCAUUUCUGUUCUCUAAAUGCCACCAUCUUCAAAAUGAAGAUAUUCUGUCGGGCACGACUCCCUGUAACUUCGACAAUAAUAAGGAAAGAAAAUUGACCAUCCUA